AUGAAUGCCUUUGAGAUGGCUGCCUUGACCAACUGGUCCAUGGAGAAUGGACCUCCAAGCCAUUGCUCAACUGAUGAGGUUCGUGCCGCCCCCGAGACCACUAACUUCCCCAACUACGGGGCCAGCCGUCGGGCUGCGUCCCCCCGGAUUGCCGCCACUAGGAUUCCGGUGAUUCCCCCUGGUUAUCAGCAGAUCCCAGGGUAUGAAGCCCACCGUCAGCGACAGGAGGCUCGCGCGCUCAUGGGCUCGAUUGCGGAGCGCCGGGGAAAGAGCACCCCCGCCCCAAUCUUGAUCUAUGGCGAUGCGCCUAGUCCUCUGUCGCGCCGACGACGUUGGUAA